GAUCAGACCAAAAAAAAAAUAGCAGAAGGAAAGGACACUUGAAAAAACCAAGAAAGUCGCUCCUCUGGCUCUGAGAGCGAAAGCAUAGAGAGGAAAAUGGCGUCUCCUACAGCAAGGAUCACAUUCCGCGUAGUAAUGUUAGCUCUGGCUCUUCUGGUCCUCUUCUACACGGGUCGUCCUCUCUACUGGAAAAUCUCAGCCACCAUCCACGAGAUCCGUGAAAACAGACAAACUGUUAAACAAGGUUUGUCGCAGAUUGUGCUGGAAGCCCAGAGAACUGUCGGGUGGUACCACGACGAGUCGGAUUCAGGUGCCCGCGAAGAUCGGGUCGGGAAGAAGGUUGCUACGACCCGGAGGCUGCUGUUCAGUCAGGUUUCAUGAAAGCCCUUUACUUCAAUCACUGCUUGAGGUCUCUAUGUGAUGAUGAUCAUGUCAGUUGUGACACUGUUGGGUUGUUGAAAUUUAGUGUUUUAAAUUAAUAUAUAUGAGAAAUGAAAUGCUUGUUCCUGGACCUUUUACCUGGUAGAAAGCUUAGUACAACUGCAAUGCUUGGAUACUGUAGUAAUCGUAAUGUUAUUGAUAUGUAGAAAUGCAAUGCGUGUUUUGUUA